AUGAUAAAUACUCUUAUUGAAAAAUUAUCAUUUGAGGCCCAUUUGCCUGGUGGUUAUAAGUUUUGUGGCCCAGGAACUAAAUUAACGCGUUUAACACGUAACGAUGUUCCCAUAAAUGCUCUAGAUGCAGCGUGUAAAAAACACGAUUUAGCUUACGCCCGUAACAAGGAUCUGACUAAUAGACACUUGGCUGAUCUUGAGUUAGCCGAAGCGGCUGCUCGACGACAACACGCAGCAGAUGCAAAUUUAAAAGAAAAACUUGCCGCUGCUCUAGUAAAAAAUAUUAUGAAAAUAAAAAGAAAACUCGGAUGGGGAUUAAAUUUUAGGAGCAACGCUUUAACGCCAAAGACGUCUUUAUCCUCAUUCAAGCAUAAAACUCCCGCUAAACAUUUACAUUUCACUCUAAAACGUCAACGUCAACGUUCACGUUCCGCCAUCGCUAGUGCUUUCAAGGAGGAACUGUGA